AUGACUGAUCGAAAAGCUUGGAAUUAAAAAGUAACAGCUAACAUAAUUAAAUCUUUAGGAAGAUUCUGCUAUAUUAUAAUUAGUAAAAUAGUAUGGAAUCAAGAAAUGGACAAUAGUAGCUGAAAAGAUGAAAGAACUCUAUAGUUUAUUUGGCCGAUCAGGAAAAUAAUGUAGAGAACGCUACCAUAAUCAUCUUGAUCCUACUAUUAACAAAGAGCCAUGGAGUGAAAAUGAAGAGAGAGUCAUAUUCAUAGCCCAUAAGGAACAUGGUAACAAAUGGGUAAAAUACAUAAACUAUUUGUAGGCUGAAAUUGCGAAACUGUUACCAGGAAGAACUGAUAAUGCAAUUAAAAAUCAUUUUUAUUCAACCUUAAGAAGAAGUUUAAGAAGAAUCAAUAAACUAAUUGGAGACAAGAACAGUAAAUCAUAUAAGUCUAUAUAUAGUAAAGAAAAGGGUACACAAUAGAUUAAAGAUAUAAAACCUGGAGUAUUAUCCAAAAUUUUCAUUCUGGCAGAGAAGAGUCCAUCAGAAUUAAAAGAUGAUCACAUGAAAAAGCUUUGUUAAGCUUGUAAAGGAUUACAAGACUCUAUAUUAGAAUUUGCUUAAUCUAAACAAAAAUCUUAAAUCAAUUAAUUUAAUGAAGAUAAGUUCAAAUAAUUGAUUGAUAAAAUUAUGGACUUUAAGUAUAUUAUUUUUUAAAUAAUAGUGCUCUUUAUACAAAAUAAAGAGAAAGUAGAUUAAAAUUAAAAAAGAAGAAUCAUAAAAAAAGAAAGAGUAGAAUCGAUGAUGACGAUGAUGACGAUGAUUAUACAAGUGAUUAUAAAUAUGAAGAGAUAAGCCAUAAGUUUCCUUUAAAGAGAUCUUCAAGAUUGAAUGCUAAAAGAAAAGUACUAGAAAUAAUAUAUAAUCUAUUAGCAUAUUGAUAAAGAAGAUUAUAUUGAUAUAUGUCUAAGAACUAAAAAAGGACCAUUGUAUACAAUAUUAAGAGAUGAGUUAGAAGUACAACAAGAGGAUAAAGAAGUAAUAUUAUUAUAUUAUAUGAAAUUAGGAAUAAUCUUCAAAUUACUAAUAGUAAUAUGCUUAUGAAUUCCAAGGAACUAAUAGUCCCAAUAAUCAUUAAUUUACUCCAGCUUUUCAUGUAUUAACUCCUAGAUAAAUAUUCUUUUAAAAACAUACUAAUUAAUAUUAAGAGGAUGGUAUUCAUAAUGAGGAGGCUGCUAUUAGUAAAUCUAAUUUUGUUCCUAUUGUGAUAACUAAAUAAUAUACUUAGUAUAAGGAUAAGACACUUGAUAAUUUAGCUUAAUAAUUAUAAUAAAAGAUUAGUAAUUACUUAAUAUAUGAUUUUAGAUGCAAAUGCUGAUAAAUAUAUUAUUAAUCACCAACAAGAUUCUGAUUUAGAAAUUAACAUUGGUGAUGCUUUCGAAAUUCCUAAGGACUAUAAAUCACCAUCAAGUAAAUUUGGUAUAGGUGGUUAUAGUCCAAGUGCAUUUAGAAAGUAUAGAAAAAAUUAAGAAUAAGGGAUAGUUAAUUUCAUGAUAACACCUCAUCAUUAUAAAUGAAAUAAAUUAUCAUAUUAUCAAAAAGAUUAUUUAUUUCUUUUUUUUAUAGAGUAAUAUAUACAAAAAUGGAGGAUUAGGAUCAAAUGUUAUUAAAGAGCUUAUAAUUAUAAGGAAUAUAGAUAUAAACACAAUCUCUUCCUUAAGUAAUACAUACUUUUAUUGAUAGUUAACAUGUGAAGAUUUGAUAUCUAUUUUCUUAUAAUUUUUUCAAUUGAGUGGAACUUAAGCUUUUGAAAUUAGCUCAAUUAAAUCAAUCAAGAGUUCAUUUAGAAGAGUAGGUAAAAUUCAAGAGAUGCUUUAUCCAAUUGGUAUUAGAAUUGAUAUUCAAUCAAUUGUGAAUCCUAACCCAUAAGAGUCAAGAAAGAUUAUAGUAAGUUUGCUUUCAAAAUUGAGUUAAUCAAAUAAAAAAGAAACUGGAGCUAAACAUCUUACAUUUGAAGAGAGAUUAUAAGAAGAGAAAGCUACAUAUAGGACAAAUUAAAUAUAGAAUUUCUUUCAAGAAUGGGUUAAUCCAUCAUUAUGUGCUUUUCCAGAAGUUGAGCAAAGAUUUCUUAGAUUGCAUGUGCUUAAUAUUAUAAAGAAAGAGCCAUUAAUUAAAUAAGUAGCCAAUAAAGGAGUAAGAAAAUAUUUAUAUCACUCAAUUGUUAGAGUUAUGGAUCAUCAUUUAUAAAAGAAAGAAGUGGAUUAACCAUUGUAAGAGAGAUUAUAAUUAAUAAAGAAAAUGAGGAGAUCUGAUGAUCCUGAAGCUGUUUUAGGUUAAUUUAAGGGAUAGUUCUAAGCUGAAGCUGAAAAGAAUGAUUGGGAAGAUAUUUAGAAAGGGAAUCGUUAAUUGAAGAGAGCUAUAAAAUAAUUAAAAGAAGAAGAUAAGGAAGAAGAAUAAGCAAGAAAAUAAAAAGAAGAUGAAAAUUAAGGUUUAUUUAAUUUAGAAAUACAAUUCUAAGAAGAGGUAAAAGAAAUCUAAUAAGAAAUAUAAGAUACUUAAGAAGCAAAAUCAGAGAUCAGUGCAUUACUUGAAGAUAUCUAGAUUAAAUUGAUAGAGCAAUAAAAAAAUUAUGAUAAAUUAUAAAAAAAGAGAUAAAAAUUGGAAGAUGUAAAUUAAAAAUAAUAAGAUAUUUAUUCAUAAUUGUAAUCUGAUAAUAAGGAUAAAUAAUAAGAAUUAGAAAGUGCUCAUUCUAUUUUAUAAUAAAUUGAAUCAAAAAAAGGUAAUGAUCCAGAAAUACAAUAACUUGAAUAAGAAAUUGAAAAUAUUAGGAUUGAAUGGGAAAAAGAAAAGAUUUUAUAAUAAAAUGAUGCUGAUGAAUUGGCUUAAUAAGUUUAAGAUCGUAAAUUAAAACUUGAAUAAAUCUAAGAUAAAAUGAGAAGAUUGUAAGAAGAAAAUUAAAUGAUCAGAAAUUAGGGAAGAGUUAAUUUAGAAUAUAAAGAAAAAUUAUUAGUUGAUCUUCAAAAUUAGCCUAAAGAAAUUGCAAGAAAUUAAUAUAUUAAAAAGAUUGUGGAUUUAAAAAAUCAAUUAGAAAAAUAGAAAACAGAAUAUUUAAAAUAAGCUAAAGAAUUAUCAUAAUUAGAAGAUUCAUUAUAAUUUUAAGAUAAUAUGAUUAAUAGAUAUUGUAUAGAAAUUGAAAAUCUUAUUAAUUAAGAUCCUAAGAAAUCUGAAACAGUUGUUAAAUAGAUUUAAAAAUAAUAUUAAGAUUAUAAAAUUGUUUAUAAGUAAUGUGCUGAAUUAAUGCGUAAUAUUGGAGAAAAGAGAAUUUAAAUAUAUGAUACAGAAUUAAAAAUGGAAGAUAUUUUACUUAAGGGAUACAAAAAGAAUGUUGAAAAACUCAGAUAAGAUUUAACUGAUAUUUAAGCAGAAAAUAAAAAUCUAGAAAAAUAGAGAAAAUGA